AUGCAUUCGACGAGAAACUCUCCGAUUAAACUCCCUUCCAAAUUUACGUAUGAACAGUACGAGCGGUUUCGCGAGUUUGUGAGAAAAAUAAAAGAGAUUGAUGAAGACAGGAACCACAGAGGAAUCUACCUUCAAUACGCUACUGCGUUGAGUCUUUAUCAUUCUGGAACUUUGAACCUGGCCGAUCUCAGAACGAGGAUCAAGACUAUUUUCAAGAACUGCGACGUCUUGCUCGAAGCCUUUGAUCAAGUCUUGAAAGAUUUGGAGACGUGUUCUCGUCGAGAAGAGAUUGUUGUUGUUGAUCCAAAGAAUCUUGAUCGAAUAAAAGACUUCUUAAAGACGUUGAGGAAGAAGAGGGAAGGGUUACGAGAAGGGUUUAUAGAGGCUUUCGUGAGACACACGGAACAUAAAGACGUGACGAUUCUCAAGAAAGAAGUUGACGGAGUGUUACGAGGUUACCCUAAUCUGAGAGAGGAGUUUAGGAUGAUCCUUGUCGACCACGGUUUAGUAGAAGACGAGAAACGAUGUGAGAUUACGCGUGAGAAAGAGGAUGAGCUGUUCCAAGAUGACAUGUACUUUCAUGCCAUUGAAUCAGCCAUUAAGUUUGCGGCGGCUGAGGAUAACAAGAAGCCGGAGGCGGGUGUAUACGGAGCAAUCAGACGGUUUUACAAACAGCGGCGAAGAACGUUGCCACGAGGAUGCUUGAAGGAUCCGAAACUUGCUGUACGAAACAUUUUACCAGAUUUGCAGUGUGAGUACAACAAGUUGCUCAAGAACAGGAGCAAGUAUCUUGAGAAGGUUCGAAAGGUGAAUGAAUCAUUGGUCGUUUUUGAUCACUUGUCAUAG